CAAGAGGUGUGCUAACCGGCUAGCGAAUGCGUGAAUGACAUUGUUGCUGGAAUUUACGCUCACUAUUAUCGGCUUCUACCUAUUGUUGAUUUACAGCCGUGGCACAUUGUAUCUAUUUUCUUUUGACCGGUCAUACCAUAGCCUCGCCUCUGUGUUCCUACUACUCCAGGUACGGCCGUUCGACUAAGAACCUCGCCCGUCAACUUCGAUUAUUCUCUCCCAUCCAUUACAUAUCUCUUGUACAUUGGUUCUACCUUAACCGCCCGAACGAAGUUUUCAAAAUGAUGAUCACUUUUCCAUUCAUCACGCCUGCUCUGCCCAUCGCUGCACGGGGGGAUUGUACGCAGGGGACCGUCUUCUAUCAUUGCGGCAAUUUCGAGGGUUGUUGCAAGGUAGACCCGUGCGCAUACCGCAAUUCUCCAAAACCUUGCGAUGAGGCUCUUGAUCAGCAAUCCAGUAAAAGUCAUGAAAGCACCAAGACAGAAGAACACACCCAGACAACAACAACAACAUUGCCAGAUUUCACGACUAGGGACCCCGAGACAGAUACGGAGACAGAGACCUCCACCACCUCCGACCCGGACACAUCCACGUCCUCGCAGUCUUCUACACAUAUAGGAGCUUCCACCACCACGGCGACAGACGGCACGACACUGUCUACUAGUGUCGCUAGUACGUCCAGUUUCCCAAGCAGUGCGACAAGGACGCUCCCGGCGCCGCUCCCGACGAACUCUUCGUCGUCAGAUGACAGCGGUCUUCCUAAUGGCACUAUCGCGGGAAUUAGCGUUAUCAGCGCCAUAGGCGUCAUAGUAUUUCUCACGAGCUUCUUCUGGUACGCGCGUCGGCGCCGUCUGUCGAAGCGCAUGUCUUCGCUGAGGGGUUCCAGCCCUACACCCAUGGAAUCGCCCUCUAUGGGUUUCGAUUUUGAAUUCAACACGGGUAGGCGUGGAGGUGGUGAUUCUCCUGCCCCUCCUCCUCCUCCUCCAGCACCAGAGACUCGUGCCGGAUGCAGCGAGCUAUACACGCCUGGAGCCCACCCAGGAAAUGCUCAGCAGAUGACCGUGCCCGAGAUACGAGAGCCGGAGCCCACGCACGCCGAGCUGGACUCUUCUGAGACACAGCGUCCCAAUCUUGGCGUCCAGACGACGCAGGCACCGGACACGACGGCGCUGCCGCCUCCCGGACGUCCCUCUUUGCCAUCUGCCGCAGGCCAACUCCAUCCGCCGCUCCUGACGCCCGGGUUCCGCGGCGGCAGUAUCCAGAGUAACCGCGACUCGUCGAAUCUCCCGUGGGUGCAACCUCGGGCUACGCUGAAUGCCACCGAAGACGAGCGCAUGAACAAACAGUAUGCUAAUAGUUGGGCAACUGGACCGUGAUGGGUGGAUAGUAGUGAUAGUUGCGUCAGGGAAGGGAUAUCGCAUAUGGAGAUGAAUAAUGUUUGCAGCUUUUUCUAUUCCGUCGUUGAUUUGUGUUUCUGUAUGGAUGAGAUUAAGAAAAGGGCAGCGUCUUUAAUGAACAUAUCCAACGAGGUGUUCCCUGCACUAUGAGUUUUAGGG